UGUGUCGUCUUCCCGGUUUUCUCCGCCUUUCCGCUUCCUUUCCGCCUGCACGAGCCCGCUAGUGAACACGCGAGACUCCUCUCCACAAAGAUGCGUUACGUAGCUGCUUACCUGCUCGCUGCCCUCGGAGGCAAAGACAGUCCCAGCACUGGAGACAUCAAGAAGAUCCUGGAGAGCGUCGGCAUUGAGGCCGAUGACGUCCGUAUGAGCAAGGUUGUGGCUGAACUCAAUGGCAAAAAUUUGGAGGAGGUGAUUGCCCAGGGUUUCAGUAAGCUGGCCAGUGUGCCGUCCGGUGGAGCUGUAGCAGUUUCCAGUGCCGCUGCCCCAUCUUCUGGAGGAUCUGCAGCCGCCCCUGCCGCGGAGGAGAAGAAAGAGGAGAAGAAAGAGGAGUCUGAGGAAUCCGAUGAUGACAUGGGAUUCGGACUCUUUGACUAAACUCUCUCCACGGGACCAAAAUAAAGUUUAUUACAAAAUCA